AACAUCACCGUUGGGAAGAACAUACUUACAGUAUUAGGUUUUUUUCCAAAUUUGAGCUGUAAGAUGGGGCAGAAGCAGUCCAAGGGCAAGGGCAUGCGGAGACUCCCUCCUGCAGAAACGUCGACGUGUGACAACGCGAAGGGGCUUCCACCCCACACUGCAAUCGAGGCAGGCUGCCUUGACUGCAAUCGAUGCUUUCGGCCAGAAGCAAAGUUCGGCAUUGACGCGCGAGAAUGUCUCCGGUUGCACAUUCUACAGCGGCACGAACACGAUGAUGUUUGGUGUGUGAGAUCCGAGAUGGAUGUCCAACUUGCGCAAGACGACUUGUACCGUCUAUGCCGAGCGAAGUACUGGGAAGAUGAGUCUACCUCCAUGAUGGGAAAUGACUACCUGCGUUUAAUCCAGGUGUUGGACAUCGAUCCAGUUGUCUUCGAAAGCGAACGGAAUCAGCGAGAGCACUACGAGCAAAUACUGUCUGAGCAGGCGGCUUACCUACAACCACUCUCGCCCAGCCGCCCACGUGGGGAAGAUGUUGACGCAAGAACUUAUCGGCGCUUAAUGGCGGCUGACCUACAACCACUCUCGCCCAGCACCAGCAGCCCACGUGGGGAAGAUGUUGACGCAAGAACUUAUCGGCACUUAAUUGACCUGAACGCGAAGGACGGGCCCGAACGUUUCACGCCGCUUAUUGCCGCCGUGUUCAGUGAGCGGCGCGAUGUGGUAAAGAUACUGUUGAACACGAUAAGCAGCGAGCCGGUUCAUACGCUGGUGCCGUACGCGGCGUCCUGCGGACUCCCGCGCGCAGCGGCAACAGUGAAGAGCCUCACUUCCGGAACGGUGUGCCGCUGGAGUGAUUCGGGCAAUUUAAUAAAUCCACGGCCACGAGACAAGGAGAUUCAGUUCCACGAGACGAAUGCGGUGGGCGAAACCGCACUCUCGGCUGCAGUCAUAACCAGGGACGCGGAAGCCAGCGCUGGCAUUGUGGAAGACCUACUCUCCUGCUACGAGGCCAAUCUCGAGAGCCACACUGUCGAGUCGCGCGAAAAGGAAGUUAUCCACGCGGAGCAAGUUGCGAAUAUGUUCUUGCUCGGUCAGCCCGAGGUGACUGCCCGCCAACUGGGCCGCACUGCAAUCGCGGACUGCAUUGGUCGCUGCGCCCGCCGUCGGCAGAAGGACAUGAUGGACAUCCGCCUCGCAGACGCAUUGCGUGACCAAGCCCGAGGGCUUACCGAGUUUCCCACGUUCGCGGACCGCUGCGUGGAUCUCUGUGCGCGAAUGGGCGUUCAAGUCAACGUAUCGACUGCAAAUCUGUCUGGGUCUGGAAAGGUGGAACUUGUAAAAUGUUAAUGCGUGUCUUGCAUUGAUUCCAUUCCUGAAAAAACGCAGGAGCAGCGAAUCACGUCGGGCAGCUUCCCUUAAUAUGCAAAAACGCAAUUCAUCGUAUAUGCAAGUUAGGCAUCAGAAACUAAGACUAAAAGAAAGCGGUCCUGAAGCUUGUCAUGUGUAGCUGCAAUUGCAAUCAUGCGCAAUUCAGCGUGACAGGUUUCUAGACGCAGACAUCUUUCCACUUGAUGCAACGUCCCACCUGCUGGCUGUGGUUCCGUGGAGAAGGCUAGUGCUGAGCUCGAACCCGAAUGCAUGGUGUGCUACGAGAAAAUCCCUCCCCCGUUCUUAGCAGUGCAGCCAUGCGGGCACGGGCCGCUGUGCCACAUGUGCACCCAACAAGUCUUCUCUACAACAAGACCGGCGUGUCCGAUGUGCAGGUGUGAUGCGUUGAAGCUUUUCAGAGUGUACCUGGCGUCACGAAAAUAGAGCCGGCGGGCGCAAGUGCAGCUGGUUGAAAGCCACUGUUUGAAAAAUGCUGUCAUGCUGAAGACGGAGAUGCUUCUUUCCAGCAGCAGUGUCUACGCCGAAGGUACUAGGCACGAGAGGCGAGCACAGCGUCCUGUCGACAUUUAGAAGUGCUGCAAAUUAUGAAGAUCAUGGUUGGACGACUUCAGAAGUGUGGCCGCUGUCUCGACAUGCACCGGGGCUGUCGGUGAAGAUGAUGAUAAGUACGAUGUCCUCAGGCGUCGUCUCCAAUGUUGAUGUACUAUAGAAUGUGUACAAUCCUGUUUGAUGACGAGUUGUUCUUGUUCCUCCUGGUGUCCUGCUACGAAUCAAUACUGUUUACGCAAAUGUCGAUAGCGAAAACGAAAUCAACUGUCUAUACCAAUACCAUGAAAAGAGUGCGUCCGCCGGUCCGUGGCUAUUCUUUGGUGUGAGUCUGUGUUGCCGCACGCAGACAUCAAAUCUGAAUUGCAAAAAUAGUACGAGUUCGGAGCCGCCACUGUGCUGUGUGGCCUACGAACAACAAACCUUGUGCUGAAAAAAUGCCAUAGGCUCCCUCAACAACCUAAGGCCGCUAAGUACCUACUACAAGGCCGCAACUUAUGUCGCGCAGUGGGAGGGUGAACGAGUGGACGG